AUGGCGGUUGCGCACAGAAAGCUCAUGCAGAACAGGCAAGUAGGGUCUCUUCUCUUUUUUGUGUGCAUAUCUGUGGGAAGUGCAGCAACCAUCCGCUACUCCGUGGCAGAAGAGAUGGAGAGCGGUUCGUUUGUGGCUAAUGUGGCUAAGGACCUGGGGCUGGAGGUAGGGAAGCUGGCUGCGCGCGGGGCGCGGCUGGUUUCCGAGGGCAACAAAGUGCACUUCCGGCUCCACCGCAAGACAGGGGAUCUGUUCGUGAAGGAGAAACUGGAUAGGGAGUCACUCUGUGGCAAAGCUGACCCGUGUGUUCUGCAUUUUGAAAUAGUCUUGGUGGAGCCACUGCAGUCCUUUCGUGUCGAGGUCAGGGUAUUUGAUAUCAAUGACAAUGCCCCGAUUUUCCUAAACAAGGAGCCGCUUUUAAAGAUUCCGGAGAGUACCCCCUUGGGUUCACGUUUUCCUCUGCAGAGUGCCCAGGAUCUGGACGUGGGCCUCAAUGGUCUCCAAAACUACACCUUAAGCCCCAACAAGUAUUUCCACCUGCAUACCCGCUUUCGCAGCCAUGGGCCCAAAUACGCUGAGCUGGUGCUGGAUAAGCCCCUGGACAGAGAGGAGCAGCCUGAAGUCAACUUGACAAUUACAGCGGUGGAUGGUGGGUCCCCUCCCAAAUCUGGCAUCGCUCACAUCCGUGUGGUCGUUCUGGACGUCAAUGACCACGUGCCUCAGUUCUCCAGAUUGGUGUACCGCGCUCAGGUACUAGAAAAUAGUGCCAAUGGUUCUUUGGUGGUUACUGUGAGUGCCACAGACCUGGAUGAGGGCUCCAACAAGGAUAUAACUUAUUCCUUAGCUCAAAACCCAGAAGCAAUUCUCCAGACGUUUCAGAUUGACUCACAGACUGGGGAUGUUCGACUAAGAGGGCCCCUAGAUUUUGAAGCAAUUGAAACAUAUGAUAUUGACAUUCAAGCCACCGAUGGAGGGGGCCUCUCUGCCCACAGCAAAGUCCUGGUGGAAGUGGUGGAUGUUAAUGACAAUCCUCCUGAAGUGACAGUCUCCUCUGUGUCCAGCCCUCUCCCUGAGGACUCCCCAUUAGAGACUGUAGUGGCCCUUUUCUCUAUCCGAGACCGGGACAUUCGAGUGGGAGGAAAAAUCAUCUGCUUCCUCAGAGAAGACCUUCCCUUUGCAGUCAAACCUACUUUCCGGAAUUCUUACUCUCUGGUUACUGACAGAGUCUUGGAUCGGGAAGAGGUCUCAGGCUACAAUAUCACCGUUGUUGCCAUGGAUACUGGGCCACCCAGUCUGUUCACAGAAACUGUGAUUGAGGUGCUAAUAUCUGACAUUAAUGACAAUCCCCCAAUAUUUCAGGAAGACUCAUACAUUUUGACUGUUCGAGAAAACAACAGCCCUGCAAUUUUUAUUGGCAAAGUUCAUGCUGAGGAUCUAGAUUUGGGUGAGAAUGCCCAAGUAACAUAUACUCUGCUUCCUCCAGAAAGUGGAGAUUUAUCAGUCUUUGCUUACAUCUCCAUAAAUUCAGACAAUGGGAAGCUCUAUGCACUGAGAACCAUGGACUAUGAGGCCAUUCAAAAAUUUCAGUUUGUGGUAAAGGCAACUGAUGGGGGCUUCCUGUCACUGAGUAGCCAGGUUACUGUCAGAGUGGUUGUUCUGGAUGACAAUGACAACCGCCCAAUGAUCUUGUACCCACUGCAGAAUGGCACCUUGCCCUGCAAUGACCUAGUGCCCAGGUCUGCAGAGGCAGGCUACCUGGUGACCAAGGUAGUGGCUGUGGACGGUGACUCAGGUCAGAAUUCUUGGCUUUCAUAUCAUCUCCUUAAGGCCACUGACACUGGGUUAUUCUCUGUUCAACAACAAAAUGGGGAAAUCCGUACACUUCGGCAGAUAGCUGAAAGAGACCCCGUGGUUCAGAAACUUACAAUUCUUGUUCAGGAUCAUGGCCAACCAGCUCUUUCCACUACUGCCUCACUCAACAUUUUGCUGGUAGAUGGGUUUUCUGAGCCCUAUCUACAGUUUCGGGAUCCAUCCAAGCAUCCUACAAGGGUAAAUCCAUCCACUAAAUAUUUGGUCAUUUCUCUGGCUGUGCUUUCCUUUCUCUUUCUCCUUUCUGUCACAGUGAUCUUUGUUAUACACAUCUACCAGAAGGUUAAAUAUAGAGAAAAGUUCACAGUUCAAGAGCAUUUCUAUGAUGACUGUAAUUUCCCUAACAACUUGGUACAAGAAGGAGCCAAUGGAUCUUUAUCUCAGCCAUGUCCCUAUGAAAUGUGCUCGGCCACUGGCACUGGCAAUAGUGAGUUUCGGUUCCUUAAGCGCUUUAUGCCCAACUUCCCCUUCCCACAUGGCACUGGAGAAGCAAAAACAGAGGCUGGCUCCAGUUUACCCCCAGAUUCUGGUAGGAAUAGGUCUCGGGGGUCAGAGGGCCAUGGCCAAGUACCUGAUGACUAUAUGUAG